UUGAUAAUGUUAGAAAGAAGGCUAUUGAAGCUAAAAACGCCAUUCGAAAGGGCAUUUUGAAAUCUUCACCAUUGAUAGAUCCUUUUAGAACUAAUAUCAUUCUUACUAAAAGAGAUAAAAAUGAAACGAUGAAGA